UAGCAACCUAGUCUCUCAUUAGGGUUUCCGUCUUCCUCAGACCAGACACAACAGCUCCGUUCGAAAAUGGUGAAGGGUCGCCAGGGAGAGCGCGUCAGACUGUAUGUACGAGGAACUAUUCUCGGAUACAAGAGGUCGAAGUCCAACCAGUAUCCAAACACCUCGCUUAUCCAGAUCGAGGGUGUGAACACCAAGGAGGAGGUGUCAUGGUACGCAGGCAAGCGCAUGGCGUACAUCUACAAGGCGAAGGUAAAGAACAACGGCACCCACUACCGGUGCAUUUGGGGCAAGGUCAUCAGGCCACAUGGUAACAGUGGCAUCGUGCGCGCCAAGUUUAAGUCUAACCUCCCUCCCAAAUCCAUGGGAGCUAGAGUUAGAGUUUUCAUGUACCCCAGCAAUAUUUGAGUUCUCUUUUAUGUCUGGCCUGCAGUUUGGUUACGUAGAUGCUAGAUUGGAGAUCAGAGGUGAAAUAGUCAAAUUUUGUAUGAACUCCAGAGCCUAGUCUUAAUGGUGUUGUACUCGGGAUUUUUUUGCUCACUUUGGUUAUUAAUGGAUAUGUAACAUUCAUGGUAAUGCUAAUACCAGUUUUGGAUUGGGAGUUGUUAGUAUUU